AUGCUCUGGAGCACCGUCAUCCAGGGAUUACUCUUCUUUUCCGUUCUUGGACAUGGGAUUAUGGGCAAUUUAUUCUUAUUAGGGGGACAUUUAUACACUUUUAUCAUGAGUCCUGAGAAAAAACCCAUUGAGCUCAUCCAUAUCCACUUGUUUUUUGCAAAUGCACUCAUUUGCACCAACGCAAUCAUUGAUAUCAUCACAAUUUUGAAAUCCCAAGAUUUUCUAAGUGAUAUUGGCUGUAAAAUUUUGAUUUUUCUGAGGAGGGUGGCCCGGGGCCUCUCAAUCUGCACCACCUGUCUCCUCAGCGUGGUCCAGGCCAUCACCAUCAGCCCCCAGACCUCGCCCUUCAAAAAGCUCCAGCCCAGGUCUGCAUGGCAAGUGCUUCCCUGUCUCCUGCUCUUCUGGGUCUUCAAUGUCCUGGUCAGCUCUAACCUGCUCCUCUACAUCACCACAGUCCAGAGCACCAACAGCUCCAAACUGAGACCAUAUAUCGAAUAUUGUGACAUGCUCCCCUCUGGGCAAACAGUGAGGUGGCUUUUCCUCAUGCUGAUGGCUGUGCGGGAUGUCGUGUUUCAGGGGCUGAUGGGCUGGAGCAGCAGCUACAUGGCCUUCCGCCUGUGUCAGCACCGUAAGCGCGUCCUCCACCUGCACACGUCCAGGCUGCCAGGAAAUGCCAGUCCGGAGACGAGAGCUACUCAGAGUAUCCUCAUGCUCAUGGCCUGCUUCCUUUUCUUCUAUUGGGCAGAUUUCCUUUUCUCCUUCUACACUGGCUCUUUGUUACCAAAUAACUACACAGUUUACCGUAUUAAAAUAUAUCUGACCUCUGGUUAUGCGAGCCUCUGCCCUUUAGUGCUCCUGAGCAGGCAUGUCCACGUGGCUAAAUGCUGGCCAGCGCAGUGA